CGCCAUUGCUGCCGACGGAGUUGAAGGCAGAGGAACAUAUUGGAAAGGGACGGUCGGGUAUUAGACGUGGGCUUUAUUUCACGUGAUAGCUGCACAAGUUGACGUCUGCUUUCCUGGUGCAGGACUCGGGGAUCUGAGGGGCAAUUAUGGCAUGUGGAGCGACGCUCAAGCGCUCGAUGGAGUUCGAGGCCCUAAUGAGCCCGCAGUCUCCCAAGCGACGCCGGUGCGCUCCUUUACCCGGGUCCCCGGCCACUCCGUCUCCUCAGAGAUGCGGCAUUAGGCCCGAGAUACAGCAGGGGCAACAACAGCCGCUGGGAGGGGACCUUAGGCUCACUCCUGAACAAAUCUUGCAGAACAUAAAGCAAGAGUAUACCCGCUAUCAGAGACGAAGGCAGUUAGAAGGAGCAUUCAAUCAGGGUGAAGCUGGGGUUUCAAAUGAGGUACAAGCCAGCUGCUCAUCUCUCACAGCUCCAUCCUCUCCAGGUUCAUUGGUAAAGAAAGACCAACCAACCUUUAGCCUGCGACAGGUGGGAAUACUUUGUGAGCGACUUCUGAAGGACCACGAGGACAAAAUCAGGGAAGAAUAUGAGCAAAUACUUAACAUAAAACUUGCAGAACAAUAUGAAUCAUUUGUGAAGUUCACACAUGACCAGAUCAUGCGACGAUAUGGAGCAAGACCUACAAGCUAUGUGUCUUGAGGUUGCCCCAUUUGCCACCUGGAUUCCAGCUUUGACUUCCAAGUUCAUGGCUGCUCCACUUUCUUGCCACCUAUGAGGUGCCACCGUUUUUUUUUUUUUUUUUUUGUCGUGUUCUAAGGAUUUUAACACUCAUUGGCUGCCUUCUGCUGUCUGAAAUCCCUGAAUGGACCUUUUUAUUUUUUUGUUUUGAUACUGCUCACAAUAAAAGUGACUGUAAUCUGCCACAUUGUAUUUGUUGGAAGGUUUUAAACAGCUUCAUCUUAUCACAUUCUGCCCUUUUAUGGCACAUGGACCAUUUCUUUAAAUGGAGUGACUUGUCAUUUUAUUUUUUUUCAUUUUAUUUACCUCUGAAUAUUUAAUUAAGAGGAUUUUUAAACUGUGUUUGAUGCACUACAGUUAAGUUUUAAACACAUUUUAUGGUCCAUAAAGGAUAGUGGGUUUAAGGACCAGACAGGAUUUAACUUUGGCGUAUUUAGUGAAUAGUGAUUGUAAAUUGGUUGCUUUAUACUACAGCCAUCCUCUUUGUUCUGAAAUCUGUAUGAAACUCCUUAUUUUGUAUUCUUUGUUUCAGACAGAAGAUUGUUUUAUGAUGUUUAUACUUUAAUAACUGCUAAAAAAUAAUUGAAGCCUGUCUAGUUAGUUACAAGGUUUUAUAAUUCACUUGGCAUGCAAAUGUGGAGUGUUUGUUCAUAUGGGCUGCACAAAUAAGUGUCAUUUCUCUUUGGGGGUGGGGAAGGAGGGUGGCAGUUUCUGGGAUUCCAUGUACACAGAGCCUUUCUAUAAUAUUGUGCCUCUAGUGUCCAUUGUAGAAAUUACUAUAACUUUUGGUGGCUAAAAAUUGGCCCAAGUCAUUUGUCCAUUUUGGUUGGUUAGGGAAGCGUGCAUAGCUUGCUUAUUUGCACAUCAUUUGGUUUAAUAGUCUGUAAUACCUUUUUAAAUAUCUAAAUAAAGAACAUUAAUGGGCAGAUUUAUCAAGGGUCGAAUUGAAAAUUCGAAUUUUCAAGAUUUUUUUUUUAUGGUCAAAACUGUCAAAUUCGACUAGGGAGUUUUUUUUUUUAAAAAAAAAAAUAAUAGUUUUUCGAGAUGUAUCAUACUAUGGCCCUUAACUCGAAUUUGCCACCUAAAACCUGCCGAAUUGCUGUUUAAGUCAAUGUGAGAGGUCCAGGGAUCAAUUUUGAGUUGUCUGCAGCCUUCCUGUUUUUUGUUUUUCGGAGAAAAAACUUGUCGAGUUUUUAAAAUUCAAAUUGAAUUAGAUUCGAGUUUUCAGGUCGAUCCCAAUCAUCCGAGUUUUAACAAUUAGAUUUUUAUUUUUUUUUAAAUGAAUUUCAAUAUUUUGUAUUUAUGGAAGUUUAGGGGAAUUUUUAAAAACUCGUAUGAAUACGAAAUUCGAUCUUUGAUAAAUGUGCUGUUAGGCAGUGUUUAAAGUCAGGAGCUGAUGUAUGCAAGAUAAUAUUUGCCUUUAAUUUCUGUAUUUGACAUUUUGCAGUUUGCCAUUUAAUCAAGUCAGCCAGCCUCCACUGCCACCACACAGCUGCCACUCGCUUAUAAUCGAAACUGGUGAACUAACCGCUAAAUUCUGUUAAAUGCUUCAUUUUUGGGUUAAAAAAGGCCUCUGUCUGCACAGAUGAUGUCUGCAUGUUAAUAUCGCCAUUUUAUAACUAAUGUGCUGUACAAAUAUUAGCCUAAAUGAUAAACUCAAAUCUACCUGGAAAACGGCUUUAGCUAAAAGUUUGAAAAUAAAAUGUGUUGCUCUAUUGUUAAUGAA